AUGGAGUUAUCACCGUCGUCCCCACCUUCACCGCCGGAGAUUCUCAACCUCGACUCUAUCAGAGCUCUUAGAAUCCUCGGUAAAGGCGCCGCAGGGACUGUUUUCCUCGUGCGUGACGUCGCAUCAGUCUCUUCUUCUUUCUUCGCCGUCAAGCUUGUCCACAAAUCAUCCGCCUCCUCUCUCCGUCGUGCACGGUGGGAAAUCGAGGUUCUCCGACGUCUCUCUACUGACUCGUUGCAAAACCCUUUUCUCCCUCGUCUCUUAUCUUCUUACGAGUCACCGGAAUUCUUUGCAUGGGCCGUCCCUUAUUGCUCCGGCGGCGAUCUCAACGUCCUCCUUCGCCGUCAAAACGACGGCGUUUUUAGCUCCUCUGUUAUUAGAUUCUACGUUGCUGAGAUCGUCGUUGCGCUUGAGCACCUUCAUUCCAUGGGGAUCGCUUACAGAGACUUGAAACCCGAGAACAUUCUGAUUCAACAAUCCGGUCACGUUACACUCACUGAUUUCGACCUUUCUCGGAGUCUCAAAAAACCAACCGGACCCCAAUUCUGUCAACCCGACCCGGAAUUGAGAACCAUUCGUACCAAAAGUCGGAGCUUUUCUCGUUGGAUCUCAUCGGCGGCAGAGAGCAACAAAACAGGGUUGAAGAAAACAAGAUCCGCUCGGGUUAACCCGAUUAAUCGCCGGAAAACGAGUUUUUCCUCCGGUGAGCGUUCCAAUUCCUUUGUAGGAACCGAAGAGUACGUCUCACCGGAGAUAAUUCGCGGCCAUGGUCAUGACUUCGCCGUAGAUUGGUGGGCGCUGGGCGUUCUGACAUACGAAAUGAUGUACGGAGAGACGCCAUUCAUAGGGAAGAGCAAGAAGGAGACUUUUCAAAACGUGUUGGUCAAGGAACCCGAGUUCGCCGGAAAACCCAACGACCUCACGGAUCUGAUCCAACGAUUGCUGGUGAAAGAUCCGAGCAGGCGGUUAGGUAGCCACCGUGGCGCGGCGGAAAUAAAAGAGCACUCUUUUAUCGCGGGUGUGAGCUGGGAUUUAUUAACGGAAGUUUUACGACCUCCGUUUAUUCCAUUACGAGAUGACGGGGAGUUAACGGUUGGUGGGUUUGAUAUAAAAGAGCAUUUGGAGAAAUUGAGGACGCCGUCAUCAGCUCCUCAGUCACCGUUACGGUCUCCGCCACACAUGUGUCAUAAAAACGAUCCGUUUAUUGAUUUCUGA